AGUGCUAUGUGAGAGGCAAACAGCACCAUAUCCACCUAAGAGAUUCUUCUUACAGGGUUUUGAGAGAAAUCAAAAACAACAGUUGAGAAUCAUGAAAGUCAGAUUGUUCCUUGGUGUUCUGCUAUUACUAGACCUUUUAAGUUCCUGUUAUUUUUAUAAGUCAAAUACUUUGCCUGAUAUAGAAGACACACAGUUUAUUAAGGAGUGCGUGAAUGCUCAUAACAACUUUCGGUCCAAGGUGAAUCCACCAGCCAGAAACAUGCUUCACAUGUCCUGGGACUCUGCUUUAGCUAAGAGUGCCAAAGCAUGGGCAAAGCGAUGCCACUUUGAUCAUAAUGUCUACCUUACAGUACCAGGAAAAAUGCACCCUAACUUUACUCCAGUUGGAGAAAACAUCUGGACUGGCUCUCUCUCUCUCUUCUCUGCGAGUGCAGCUAUCCACAACUGGUAUAAUGAAGUCACAGACUACAAUUUUGAGACCCGCUAUUGUACAAGAAAGUGUGGCCAUUACACCCAGGUUGUUUGGGCCACAAGUUACAAAGUUGGCUGUGCAGUUCAGUUCUGUCCUAGAGUUACAGGUUUCAAAGGACUCACCAAUGGAGCACAUUUUGUUUGCAACUAUGCACCAGCUGGGAAUUAUCCAACACAGCCUUAUAAAACAGGAGCAGCAUGUAGCGACUGCAAUGGUGAAAAGUGUGUGGACAAGCUCUGUGAAAAUCCAGAACGUGAGACAUUGAAAAGUUACUCCAGUUGGUAUCCAGACUGGGACAUACCUCCACACCCCAACCCCUCUGGUGCUCCACACCCCAACCCCUCCGGUGCUCCACACCCCAGCCCUCCACGCUCCUCAUGUGACCAAUACUGUAUUACUGUUUUAGUAGUAAGGCUACUGUUUGUGUUACUGAUUUUUGGUGCUGUCUUCCUAGUACAAUGGCAGUAUCCCCAGAUAUUUAUAUAUGAGUAAUCUCCAUUUGCCUCCUAUUGUCAGUGUACAUAAGCAUUAGUACCAGCCAGUUUUCCUGGGCUGCUCAUGGUUGUUUGGGACAAGGAGGAGGAGGAGAUGUGCAUGUUAACUAUUCAAUCAAAGCCAGAGAUUUUGUACCUCUCUGCACCCCAGGCAUACCUCUUCGAUGUCCAUUCUUUUCCCUAAGAAACACCUUAGAAUUUAAGGCCAGAAGGUGACAGCUUUAGACAUUUCACUAUAACUGCCUUCUCCUAACCAUCACCAUUGUCAAGUAAUGAUGUCCCUUAAACACAUCAUGAGAAUUACCCCAGUUUGCUGCUCCAGGCCAAUGGGGGCUGCGGGAAGCGGCGCGGGCCAAGGGACAUACUGGCCACCAC